CAUUCACUGAGCGAAUAGAAAAAAGGUUAUGCAAGGCAAGUAGAUGGAAAAGGAAGAAGAAGAUCGUAGAAGAGAAGCUGCAAUCGCAUCAACACCCUCUCUCCAACCAAAUUUCAAUUCAAAAGGUGUCGUUACCCAACACCAGCUGCAGAAAUUCCGUGAACUACACCAGAGGCGCUUGCAACUCAAGUCAAAAUCGAAGUUUAAAACAAAACCCAAAGAUGGAUCCAAGAAGAAGUCACAAUGCCGUGAUCUUCUAUCAAGCCAAACCAGUGGAACUCAGGGUUUAAAAGUUGAUAACAAAGAACCAAGCUUCUUGGAUGGUUGUGAAGGUUUUGAUUCUAGAAAUGAAGACUCAAAGAAUAAUAUAUCUGUGCUUUCUUCAUCAAAGAAGCAAAAAUUGCAUUGGGGGCUUGACACUAGGGAGAGGUGGGAGAGGAAAUCCAACAUGUAGAUAUCGCCGAGGAACUGCAGCGAAGAAUCCAUGAAAUUUGAUCAAAAUUAUUAUGAAAUUGGGUAUUGUUUGAGGUAGGAUAACCCUGCAAAUGCUCAAGUUAGUGUGUUGCACUUGCACAUGUAGUACUACAUGCUAAGGGAACAUCUGUUAUUCAUGUUUUGGGGCUUAAAUUGACAUGUAACAUCAUGGUUAUCAGUAACUCUGUCUUGGUUUUUAUAGCUAGUAAAGUUGGUAGAUAAUGAUCUAAUUACAUUACAAAGAGCUUUAUUUU